CAAUGCAUUUGGCGCAAAGAUAUUAAAGGAGUUUCUUCUACUCUUACCGCAUUUUUAGAAUGUCCUCAACUCUUAAAACUCACAGCAAUAUCCUUGAGUUGUAACUUUGAAUCCUAAGUUUUAAACAUGAAAGUAGCAGUGGUUGGGGCAGGGAUAAGUGGACUGGUUUCUGCAUAUGAAUUGACAAAAGCUGGUGUUAAGGUUGUGGUUUAUGAAAAGGAGGAUUAUCUCGGCGGCCACGCCAAGUCCGUCACUGUCGACGGCGUUGAUCUUGACCUUGGUUUUAUAGUCUUCAAUCGCGUAACUUAUCCAAAUAUGAUGGAAUUUUUUGAGUUCCUCGGAGUUGAUAUGGAGAUCUCUGAUAUGUCAUUUUCAGUGAGCUUAGACCAAGGCCGUGGUUGCGAAUGGGGUACCCGAAAUGGAAUCUCUAGUUUGUUUGCACAGAAGAAGAAUGUCUUGAAUCCAUAUUUUUGGCAAAUGAUUAGAGAAAUUAUCAAGUUCAAGCAGGAUGUCAUAAGUUACCUUGAAGCACUCGACAACAAUCCUGACAUUGGUCGCGAUGAAACAAUAAGGCAAUUUAUUAAGUCAAAUGGCUGUUCGGAGUUAUUUCUGAAGGCUUAUCUGAUUCCAAUAUGUUCUUCAAUCUGGUCCUGUCCCUUAGAAGGAGUAAUGGGCUUUUCUGCUUAUUCUAUUCUUUCAUUCUUCCGCGACCACCAUCUUCUUCAGCUCUUUGGUCUCUCUCAGUUGCUCACUGUAAGAUGGGGAUCACAUACAUCUGUAAACAAGGUUAAGGAGGAGCUGGAGAAGAGAGGCUGCCAAAUAAGAAGUGGUUGUGAAGUAAAUUCUGUAUCGACAGAUGAAGAAGGUCUAGUUUGGUUUUAUUUUUGGCUUGUUUCAAGAGUUCAUCGUGCUGAUUAUUUUAUCAUAAUAGUAGAUGGGCAUAUAUCUGUUGGAAAAUGGAUAGGUUAUUACCUAAUGGAAAUUUAUUUAAUGAAAAGACCCUAUCACUUUAUGUGUUUAAAAUGGUCCUUUAUAAAGGCGAAACUAGAAAUGAGGAAGAUAGCGCCUGUUUAUGCACACGUCAACUAUUCCACUGGGUACUUGCUAGCUCCCACCGGUNAUGGAUGCAUAAUGGCUGCACAUGCUCCGGAUACUCUGAGAAUGUUAGGCAAAGAGGCAACAUGCGAUGAAACAAGAAUUAUGGGUGCUUUCCAGUAUAUCUAUAGCGAUAUUUUCCUUCAUCGUGACAAAACAUUCCUGCCUCGCGACCCAGCAGCAUGGAGUGCUUUGAACUUUCUUGGAACUACAAAUAAUAGAGGAUGCAUGACAUAUUGGCUCAAUGUAAUCCAGAAUCUUGGUGACUCAAAGCUGCCUUAUCUCGUAACCACUGAUCCUCCUCACACACCAGAGCAUACAUUGCUUAAGUGGACAACAGGCCACCUAGUCCCCUCAGUUGCUGCAUCAAAAGCUUCACGUGAGCUAGAUCAAAUCCAAGGGAAGAGAGGAAUAUGGUUUUGUGGAGCAUAUCAAGGCUAUGGCUUCCAUGAGGAUGAACUAAAGGCGGGUGUGGCUGCUGCAGAUCUCAUGCUUAGAAGGAAUUGUAGUAUUCUGGACAACCCCAAGCACAUGGUACCAACCUGGCCUGAAACAGGAGCACGCCUCGUCGUUACUAGAUUUUUCAGAAGUUUCAUUAAAACGGGAUGCAUAAUCUUCUUUGAAGAAGGAGGUACAGUUUUCACCUUCCAAGGAACAGAGAGGAAAUGCUCUCUGAAAGUUUCUCUUAGAAUUCAUAGUCCACAGUUUUACUGGAAGAUUGCAACUGAAGCUGAAAUAGGCCUUGCUGAUGCUUUUAUUCAUGGGGAUUUCUUUUUUGUCGACAAGAAUGAAGGUCUUCUUAAUCUUAUCAUGAUAUUUGUUGCCAACAGUGAUUUGAAAACGUCUGUUACAAGUUCUAGCAAGGAAAGAGGCUGGUGGACACCAUUCCUUUUUACAGCAGCACUGCCAUCUGCAAAGUAUUUCAUUCGACAUGUUUUGAAUCAAAACACCCUGACUCAGGCUCGUCGGAAUAUCUCCCGUCAUUAUGACCUGAGUAAUGAACUCUUCUCACUCUUUCUGGAUGAGACAAUGACAUACUCAUGUGCAAUAUUCAAGAGUGAGGAUGAAGACCUAAAAGAUGCACAGCUGAGAAAGAUUUCUGUUCUCAUUAAAAAGGCAAAAAUUAGCAAGGAACAUCACAUUUUAGAGAUAGGAUUUGGUUGGGGAAGUUUUGCUGUGGAAGUUGUCAAGCAAACAGGGUGUAAAUAUACUGGUAUAACUCUCUCCGAGCAGCAACUGGAGUAUGCACAGGUGUUAGUUAAGCAAGCAGGCCUUCAGGAUCGUAUUACGCUUCUCCUAUGUGACUAUCGUCAAAUGCCAAAUAAGGGCAAAUAUCACAGGAUUGUAUCAAUCGAAAUGAUAGAACAUGUUGGUCAUGAGUUUAUGGAUGAAUUCUUUACUUGCUGCGAGUCUGCAUUGGCAGAAGAUGGGCUUCUAGUUCUGCAGUUCACUUCUGUGCCAGAUGAGAGGUAUGACGAAUACAGGCAUAGCAUAGGCUUCAUAAAAGAGUAUAUAUUCCCAGGUGGAUGCUUGCCUGCACUAAAUCGAGUAACAUCAGCCAUGGCUUCUGCAUCCAGACUAUGUGUAAUGCACCUGGAAGAGAUAGGAAUUCACUUCUAUCAGACACUGAGAUGUUGGCGGGAAAACUUCCUGGAAAAUCAAAGCCAAAUUCGUGUUUUGGGAUUCGAUGACAAGUUCAUCAGGACAUGGGAGUACUACUUUGACUACUGUGCUGCUGGAUUCAAAACGCGCGCAAUAGGAAAUUAUCAGAUUGUAUUUUCAAGGCCAGGGAAUAUUGCAGCAUUUGGUGAUCCUUACAGUGAAGUGCCUUCAGCUUAUUAGAGUUUCUUUGUUUGGAAUAUUCGAACUUUUUCUUUGCAAAUGCCUCUGCGUUCUCUCGUACUGUGUUCUUUGGACUUUUUUCAGCUACUAAUAAAAAGUUAUUGAGGAAUUUUCAUAAAAGCAUUACAGUUUA